UAUUCUGAAAAGCAUUGCUGAAACGAAUUCAGCCCGCGUGUUUAGCCCCGCCCCCUGGUCGUACCUGAGCUCCGCCCCCCCGCACCUGUCCGCUCAGGUGGAGCGGUUCCUGACAGUCGUGCUGAGUGAGCGCGCGGCGGCAGCAGCAGCAGCGGAGGCGGGGGGGUCAUGGCGGAGUCCCAGCUGGUGUGUCUGGACCCGGAUCACGUCAACGAGAAGGUCCCGGAGAACCAGCCGGAGUUCUACUACAGCGAGGAGCAGCGCGCGGCGCUGGAGCAGCUGCUGCGGAGCGGCGCCGGCGCCUUCAAAGAGCGCCUCCGCGAGGACCACAUCCGGGACUUCCUCUGCGCCCGCGAGCUCAAAGUGAUCCAGAAGACCUUCCGCGAGUACGACGCGGACAGCGAGUCUGAGUCCGAGCCGGACAAGUCCCGCGGGGCGGCCAGCGCCGACUCCGGGGUCCACUCCACCUACUGGCCGCAGAUGUCCGACACCGAGGUGCCGUGUCUGGACCUGGGCUGGCCGGGCGGCGUCGGGGUGUACAAGGGGGUGACGCGCGUUUCCGUGUACACGCACCCGCCUAAAGGGCCCGGGCCGCACAUCAAGGAGGUGGUGAGGAGGCUCAUCCAGGGGUCCCACAAGGUGGUUGCCAUCGUCAUGGACCUCCUGACGGACCUGCAGAUCCUCCAGGACCUGCUGGACGCCUCGUCACGCCGCUCUGUGGCCGUCUACAUCGUGCUGGAGGCCAAAGGAGUCGUCAACUUCCUGGAUAUGUGCUCUCGGCUGCAGAUCAACGCCUUGCACCUCCGGAAUCUGCGGGUGCGAACGCUGAGAGGAGCAGGGCUGGCCCUGUCGUUUGGAAAGCUGCCCGGCAGCUUGUGCUCCAAAUACAUGCUGGUGGACGGAGAGAAGGUCAUGUUUGGCUCCUACAGCUUCACCUGGAGUUCGUCCCGGAUGGACCGGAACACCAUUACUGUGAUGUCGGGACAGACUGUGGACUUUUUUGACCAUGACUUCAGGGAACUGUACGCCGUGUCGGAGGAGGUGGACCUCUACAAGGAGUUUAACAUCACCAAGCCCCCUCUUCCUACGCCCAUCGUGAAGCCGAAGGUGGAGCACGUCCAGCCUACGGCGGUCUCCACGUCUCGCUUUCAGGUGUCGGUGGGGGACUCGGGGCGAAUGAACCUGAAGGUGCCAGCGCACAAGUACCACAAUCCCAAAUACUCCCUGGUUUUUGGAAACAGCGCGGGACUGACGGGGUCUCUGCAAGACCUGUCCACGCAAACAGACUCGUAUCUGGACAGGGUGAACCAGGCGAAUGGCCUGCAGAACGCCAUUCAGGCUAACAAGGACGCUAAGGAAAAGGUGGAGCAGGUUUCUCCGCCGAGUCCAACUGGACCUGGGGAGGAGGAUGAGGAUGGAAAAGGAAAGAAGAACCAAGCCCCCGCUGUGAAGAAGCAUCGCAGCUCUUUCAGGCACUUCCUCAAAAACAGAGGAGCCAAUCAGAGUUCAGAAACAAUCGAGGAAGGCGUUGCCACCCUUCAAAGCCCCGCCCACGCCAACAAAACGCCAGAGACUAACGGAGUCGCAGCCGACGAGCUGGAGGACUCGUUUGAGGUCGUCGUGAAACCAGAAGGUCUGAAGUUCAAACCCAAGAAGCCGUCAAAGCUCGUUCAGAGGAGCAUGUCUCUGCAGACCAUCAACACGGCAGACGAGGACGGGUUCAAAGGGCGACGGCGGCCCCAGAAGAAGAAUUGCAUCCAGUCAUGAGACGACAAACGUGCAGCCGUGACGAUCCCAGUCACAGUGUCGUCUGAGUGUCACGCCACUUUCUGAGCAGAGCGAGCUUUGUGUGUAACGCUGACUCAGUCCUCUGCUGCCAUUCAUCCAGCUUUUCUACAUUUCGUAUUAAAUUAUUGGAUUGAAAGAG